UUUUCAAAAGGCGAAGACCAGGAGAAAAUUCUACAGGACUGUGUGAGAACCGAGAGUCUCCUGGGAGUUUGAGAGACCUCAGCUGCAACCAACAGGCUGGUCCACGGGCACAGGGUUCGUGGCACAAUCAUGCUAUCACGGUCCAUGACCAAUGAGGCCAUUGCAGUUCUGACACCAAAUGGCAUCAGCUUCCCCCAAAGAGGGGAACCUAAACCCACCAACCACAGGCAAUACAACCUCAAGAAACAACUAAAGGCAGAGGUCAAAGUUCUUGGGGCUAUUCAGAUCCUGUGCGGGGUGAUGGUGUUGAGUUUGGGGAUCAUUUUGGUAUCUGUUCCGUCCUCUCCAUCCUUUACCCCGGUGUUUUCCACCCUUUUGAAGUCUGCUUACCCAUUCAUGGGAGGCUUGUGUUUUGUCAUUUCUGGAACUCUGUCAGUCAUCAUGGAGAAAAAGUCAACUAAGCCUUUGGUUCAGAGCAGCGUGGUUGCAAACAUUCUGAGCUCUCUAUGUGCUCUGGUGGGUUUCAUUCUCCUCUCUGUCAUGUUGGAUGCUGUGGAUCCUGCCUUUCGGAAGUGUACCUUCAACGAAGAGCAAAGAAAACCUGAACGGACUACAUUUAGCUAUUUUAUUAACCCAUAUAUGGACAAACAAUGCAUCACGGCCAAAACCACUCUGACCGGAACUCUGUCUGUGAUGCUGAUUUACACGGCGCUGGAGUUCUGCCUGGCUGCGCUCUCUGCCGUGAUUUGGUGGAAACAGGCUCACUCUGACUUCCCUGGGCGUGUGCUUUUCCUGCCUCAGAGUUGCAAGAAUAAAUCCAGCACACCCUCAAAGGCAUUUUGUGACCCUGGAUAUGAAGAACUAGUAACUUCUUAGGGGAAAUAGUCAUCAGAAAUUUGGCUUUAUGAUAAUGUAUGAAGACCAGCCAGAGAAACUCAAGAAAGCAAAGUUUGAGUUCCCUGAAAUGUAGCGUUUAGGUAAUGAGCACUGGAAAUGUAUAUGUUUGUUUUCUUGUUGCUGAAUAUAUGUGUUCAGUAGGGGGGGUCUUGGUUUGGCAUUAGGUAAAAGCACAGAUGUGUAAGUUACCAUCGACUAGACCGCCAAACAGUCAGACAUUUACCAAAAACCUAGGUAGGAUCGUGUGAUUUAGUGAUCAUGCCGAAGUAAAGGAGACAACUCUUUCCUGUCCCCCUUAAUCGCCAACAGGAGUUAACUGACUUACGGCGGCGUUCCGACUCUUUCAUAGUAGACAGUAGUGUUCCCUCACAGGAUUUUACUCAUCACCACAUGUAGACAAGCCCCGUACAAUUAAACCUCAGGAGCUCUGUAAGUAAUUGGCUUCAAAAUAAAAUCUUUAUUUGAUUUC